UCGCAAAACUGCACAUUAUUGUACACUACUUGUGUGUAUUGUAAGUAAGUAAUUGUAGUGUAUCAUGACUUCUAUCAAUGGUCACACCCACUCGUAUUAAAGGUACCUCCUAAAUUAAUCGCACCGCAAUCAACACGCAUAAAAAUCAUCAUAAACCUCUUAAAUUCAAAGAACAAGCAACUAUAUCUUAUCUGAAACGUAAUCCGUAAUUAAUUUAGUAAUUAGUACUUUUAAAAUCUGUUAUCAGAGUAAAUUAAUAGAUACGGGUGCGUAUAAAUUUGGAGGGAUCCUUGAAAACGGCAGCAAUAAUCCGACUUACAUUAAUGGCUCUAUAGCCAGGGUCGGGUCUGCUCGUUCUGCAGCGACUUCUAAAUCAAAGUAAUAAUAAUUAGUAAGAAGAAAUGAUGCGAUUGACGACGUUACUGAUGGGAGUGGUGGCGAUAGUGGGUGUGAUGGCGUUGCCCGCGGAGAUGCCGGAGCCUGGAGAGCUGGCGACGCUGCUCGGCGAAGAAGAGUUUGAAGACUACCUUGACAAAUGGAUUGAAUAUGAACAGGCGAAAUUCGGAAACGAUACCGCUGUACUGCAGGCUCGAAGCGGAUGCCAAAUCCGCGUCAACGGCGACCUCGGCCAGCCGCAGCCGGUGUACAUCCACAACGGGAACUACCCCGUGCCUCAAGGCAACACCGGCGUCAUCCACCUGAACACCGGGGAAGCCAUCACCGUCUCCUGUGUCGGUAACGGUCGCACCAUCGUCCACCCCCAAAUUGCAGCCUCCGUCGUUACUGCGACCGCCACUUGUGUAAGUGGUGCAUUGGUCUCCGGCGCCGGCUGGUUGAAUGGAAAUGGAGCCUUCGGAGGGCUAACUUGCACCGCGCAUGCCUUCCACGACGCUGAGUACACCAACGAGAGAUGUUUCAACAACUUUCAAGUUAUCCGGGUCGGUUUCUAUGUAAACAACGUGUUCUAUCCAAAGUACUGGUCAUGCUUUGAUCCUAACAGACUGGAAGUUCUGUACGUUUGGUACGAACAAAAUGAGGAACAUGCAGUGCACCAAACUGGGGUCGACCGCCCAAGUUGGCUGGCUGGCAGUUUCUUCCCGGGUGUCGGCAUCAACGCUCUCUACACUCAAGUCCAACAGAAAGCCAAGAUCGCCGAAUACGUUGGUGCGGAGUUAGCUGACAAGUAUGUGACGUCCACGCAAUUCCUGGCUCGCGGACACUUGACUGCCAAGUCUGACAUGAUCUUCGCUACCGGCCAGCGGUCUACCUUCUACUUCAUCAACGCUGCUCCUCAGUGGCAGCCGUUCAAUGCUGGUAACUGGAACUGGCUCGAACAGAACCUUCGCGCCCGUAUUGGAGAGGCAGGGUACCACACGACCAUAUACACGGGUACCUGGGGAGUGUCCCAGCUACGGAACCAGGCUGGCCAACUAGUGGACAUCUUCCUACAUCACGACGCCAAUAACAACGCUCAACUGCCAGUGCCUCUGUACUUCUAUAAGGUGGUGUACGACGCUUCUCGUCGUCAAGGUACGGCGUUCGUUAGUAUUAACAACCCGCACUACACGGAGGCCGAAGUUCGUGCUCUAACAUUCUGCACGGACCGGUGUCGCAACAACGCAGCUUUCGAUUGGCUGCGGUGGCAGCCCGACCGCAUCGACAUCGGAUACAGCUUCUGUUGCGAUGUGGAUGACUUCAGACGCACCGUUCCUCAUCUCCCCGCUUUUACUGUCACUGGACUCUUAGCGUAAUCAAAAAUAUCUAAACAAUUUAACUCGUGCAAAUUACCCACGUAUCCUUAGUUAUUUCGCACGAGUGAGGUAAACAUCUGUAAAGUCCGAUAGGUAACUAAAAUGAUAAACUUCCCCACUUACUAAUAAUAAAUUCUAGUUAAUGGAUGUCUUCAUUUUACAACUUCCUUUAAGUACCUGAAAUCUUAUCAUUUGUAUAAUAUGAAAUAAUAAUAAAUAUAUGAAUAAAACGAUAAUAAACUCUUUCA